AUGAAAGUGAAGCUUGCUGUCCAGACCUUUAGUGCUAGUGUUGGUGAUGCCCUAGAAUACUGUAAUCAGGACUUGAAUAUUACAAAAUUUAGAGGUAGUGAAGCAACUGUUUCUUUCUGUCGAAAAAUUAACAAUAUUUUGACGUUUUAA